UGCCAGGAGUCCCUAGCAACACUGUGGCUUUUGAAAUCUCAGGGGGAAAGACUGUGUAGUCAGCCGAUAGUGGAGGAGAGCGCCUAUGCCUCAGGAAGAGCAGGCAUUCCGGAUGGACACCCCACCCUCUGAAGAACCCUUAGAUAAGCAAAACGAAAAACUGGAAAAUCAGGAAGAGGAGAUGGAGUUUAAGGAACUGGACGGUCUGAGGGAAGCCUUGGCAAACCUCCGGGGACUGUCCGAGGAGGAGAAGAGUGAGAAGGCGAUGCUUUGCUCCCGCAUCCAAGAGCAGUCCCAGCUCAUCUGCAUCCUGAAGCGGAGGUCAGACAAGGCCCUGGAACGCUGCCAGAUCCUGGAGAUGCUCAACACAGAGCUGGAGGAGAAGAGGAUGCUGGAGGCCCAGAAGCUGAAGGCCAAGAGUGAGCAUGCCCAGAAGCUGGAGGAACGCUUUAUGACCCUGGCAGCCAACCACGAGUUGAUGAUCCGCUUCAAGGACGAACACAAGAAUCAGAACGUCAAGCUGAGAGAGGAGAACGACAAGCUGAGGCUGGAGAAUGACAACCUCUUCAGCCAGGCUCUGAAGGACCAGGAGGCCAAAGUACUGCAGCUCACGGCCCGGAGCGAGGCCCUCACCAAGGAGCUGGAGACUCUGAAACAGAGGUGUGCUCAGGACGCCUGCCAGGCGCAGGCCCGAGAGACGGAGCUGCUGGAGCUGCAGAGCCAGCAAGCCCGCGCCCACACCAGGGAGACAGAGCAGCUGCGCAGCCAGCUGCAAAGCCUUAAGCAGCAGCACCAGCAGGCCAUGGAGCAGAUGGCAAAGGCUGAGCAGGCGCACAGCAGCCUGAACCAGGAGCUGCAGGCCAGGCUACAGGCCGUCACUCGCGAGAAAGAGGAGCUGCUGCAGCUGUCCAUGGAAAGGGGCAAGGUGCUUCAGAACAAGCAAGCGGAGAUCCGCCAGCUCGAGGAGAAAUUGGAGACGGCAGAUGUGGCCAGGAGACAGGCUCUAGAGCGAUUUGAGCAAGAGGCAGUGGCCGUGGACAGUAACUUGAGAGUCCGGGAGCUUCAGCGCAGGGUAGAUGGGAUCCAGAAGGCCUACGAUGAACUCAGGCUGCAGUCUGAAGCCUUCAAAAAGCACAGCCUGGAUCUUUUAAGCAAGGAAAGAGAACUCAACGCCAAACUCCGCCAUCUCUUUCCAUAAGCAAGCUUUUGCUUGCUCUGGCCUCCAAUUUAGAAUUGAAAUAUUUGUGCCUUAGCAUUAUGGCAAAAGUAAAGAUGGUAUUCCAUUUAUUAUACUUUUAAGCACAAAAGGCAACUCAAAGAAAAGCUACUUGACUAU